CAAACUGCUCGUGAGCAACGUUGGGCCAUUAUGGUAAUAAAUAUAUUUGCACUUAGAUAUGAAACCGAAAGUGAAGGGCUCGUUAAAUGAUUGAUUGGGAUGUUUUACUGACGAAGAAAGUGAUGAUGAGUCGGGAGACAUUUCUGCAGUGCUAGAGAGGAAUUUAGAAGGGAUCGUAGAAAGAGGCGAAAGUAUCGAAUUUGACCUUCUGAAAACAUGAUUGUAGAAGAAUGUGAUCAGCAAUCUUGUCUUGUUGCUGAUAAUUGCUUCGAAAAGAUUGACCCCACGACUCUAAAGUGGAGAACAAGGCCAUUUGAAGCUCCAGAGAGUAUUCGUGAAGAAGAAAAUAUUUUUAAAGUCGACGACGUAUUGACGUCAGUAGAAUAUUUCUGCUCAUUUUUUGAUACCCGAAUUAUUGACUCGAUCCGAAAGCACACUGAGUUGUAUGGAUUGCAAAAAUAUGGCAUUGAGCUUAAAUGUACUGAUGCGGAUAUCAGACGUUAUAUUGGUAUUUUGUUGUAUUUGGGUAUUUUAAAAUUGCCACAACUUAAAACGGCAUGGUCAAAAGAUUUAAAACUUACCGCAAUAACAGAUUCAACGCCGCGUGGGAGGUUUGAAAAAAUAAAGAAAUGUUUACAUUUCAACGACAAUACUAAACAAUUAAAAAAAGAAGAUUUAAACUAUGACAAACUAUAUAAAAUACGCCCUUUACUAAACAUUUUCAAAGAAAACUUUGGUAAACUACCUCAGGAAGAUCAUCAAAGUGUUGAUGAACAAAUCAUUGCGAUCAAAGUUGCAGGUCGAUCGUCAUUUAAGCAAUAUAACCCAGUUAAGCCUCACAAAUGGGGUCUGAAAAUUUUUACGCGUGCUGGAACAUCUGGAUUAGUUUACGACUUUACGCCGUAUGUUGGUGAAGGCACCUGUCCUUCUUAUGGUUUAGGAAUAUCUUCGGAUGUGGUCUUGUAUUUGGCACAAGGUCUGCCCAAAGACAGGCUUUAUUUUGAUAAUUGGUUCACGUCAGUAAGCCUUCUGAUUUCGUUGAAGAAGAUGGGCAGUUUUGCAACAGGUUCUGUACGUAAAAAUCGUAUAAGUAAUUGCCAAAUGCUUUCGGAUGCAAAGUUUAAAAACCGUGGAAAGGGAUCUUUCGAUAUGAAAUGCGAUAUUAAUCAUAAUCUUGUAUGUGUGAAAUGGUUUAACAAUAAGCCAGUUCAAUUGAUAUCCUCGUGCGAAGACCAUCAACAUGUUGGGAUAUGCAAACGUUAGAGUCCCAAAGAAAAGGCUUAUAUUGAUAUAGAAAGGCCCGCGAUUGUUGCUUCUUACAAUAAGAGCAUGGGAAGCGUAGAUUUAGCAGACAUGCUUAUGGAGUAGUACAUCAGAAUCUUUUAUUGGUGUCUGGGAACGUCUGUUACAAAUGCAUGGCUAUUGUAUAAAAAACAUUUACAUUCGAUAAACCCCAAGCAAAAGCAUAUUUCUCUUAUAAAAUUUCAAAUGGUAGUUGCUCAUGAGCUUUUACAAUGUAUCGCCACUACUUCGUUCGAAAAAAAGAGAGGUCGACCAUCGAAUGUGGAAAGGGAAAGCUCAAUAGUAUCCCUGGGUUCCCUAUCAAGCAGUCUAUCUUCGAAUCAGUCAAAGAAGUACAAGUUCCAGGUGAAUCCUUCAGUCUCGCAGCGUUAUGAUAAAGUGGAAUAUUGGGUAGUAUUUGGGGAAAGAGGGCGUUGCAGAUUAUGUAAAACAGGAACACCAAUGUCCAAAUGUCUUAAAUGCAAAGUUAACCUUUGCUGUAAUAAUAAUAAAAACUGUU